AUGAUAUAAUUCCUCAAUCUAUUUAGAUAACUACUUAGAGUAAUGUUUAUAUGCUCUAUUUUAUUAGUGCCUUAUUUGGAACAUCAAUAUUAUUUGGAGGAAUUCAAGCAUUUUAUAGUAUAAUUGAUACACUCUAAAUUUUAGCGAAAAAUCCCCCAUUUCAUACUUUAUCCUAUCUGACAUUAUCAAAACUUAAUUAACUUAUAAUUUGUAGACAUAUUUUGACGUUUUUGGGUUUGCCUAAAUUUAUUUUAUUGAAAAAAAAUAUUAGAUAUUUAAGGUAUUAUUGAUUUAAUUCUUUAUUAAUUCAUUCUAAAAAAAUACCAACAAAAGUAGCUAGAGAAAAAUUGAAAUAAUCUCGGCCUCAUCAAUCAUUACUGUUUGGAUUUCUCUCUUUAUUAUCCAUGUAAAUGUAAUAGUUAUAUCUAAAAUCUUCUAUAAAAUAAAAUGUAAGUUUUUCUCUGAAUCUGAAAUUGAAAAUUAAUUGCUUGUAAAAUUAAGUUUCUAGUAUAAUAUUUAGCUGUUAAGUAUUUUAUUAAUAUUUAUUUUAUAUUAUCAUUUCAGAACUCUUCUAUAGUUUAAUUUUAAGAGUUUAUAUGGCAAUAGCAUAUGAUUUUGCAUUUAGUAAAAUACUUUAAUUAUAUCCCUUAGAACUUUAUUCACCAAAUAUUUUUAUUAGUUAUAGCUCUUUUUUAGCUUGCAUUGGAAUUACAAUAUAUCGUUUUCGCAUUUAUUAUAUUAUUUAAUUAGAAAUACUCUUUUAAAUGCAAAUAUAAAAAGAGAAAAAAUGAGGCAGUUUUUUGAAAGAAUUGAAUUAAAUCAAUUUCCAAAUAUUAUAAAGCAAUUCUCUUAAUCAAAAACUAUUUUUAUGAUUUUAUUAAUUUUCACUUUUGAAUUUUCAAUUUUUUAAAUAGGUGGCAUUACAUUUUUAUCAAUAUCUAUGAUUUUAUAUUUAUUCAAAUAUGUUCAGUUAUAAGAUAAAUCAGAAUAUUUAAAAUAAUUAUUUGUGAAGUUAACAUUUCUUUAGCACUUAUUAGUUUGA